UUGGUCCAAUAAAACACAGACUGCCUGCAAGUGGUCUAAUCUCGGCGAGCAGUCAAUCAUGUUCCCUCGGCGGUAGAAGCGCGGGUUUUGGUAACCGCCUUCUCCCCUGCUUUGGAGAGACGAGAGGAAACGCUUGCAGCGGAUCAAAGGCAAAGGAGGUUCUCACUCUCGUACUCAGCGCAGACUGCCUCCACGCAGACGGCUGAAGCACCGGGACAUUGCAGAUUUCUGGAUUUUAAAAAAAGCAAUCAAAUGAUUUUCUAUUCCAACCCAAUGCAGAGAAAUGGGUAAACUUCAUUCUAAACAUGCUACAGUUUGUAAACCAAGGGAGAGUCCUGAAGGUGAUAGCUUUGUAGUAAAUGCCUGUUUGGCAAGGAAAGGAAUCGACGACUGGAUCGUUAAACAGAAAUACUAUUGCACCGGCUCGCGUCUGGAGCAGCAGGAUUGUGAGCACAAAACUACCUGCCGACUGUCGACUCGGGAUGCCAGUGAUGAAGUGUGUGGAGAGGGGAUCAGUGAUGAACACUACCGCUUAGAAGUGGCUCUGCCGCCAGAGAAGACGGACGGCUGCUGGGCUGAGGACAAGAUGCAAGAGAGGGAGAGCCAGGUGCCCGUGCCGGCUAAAAAACAGCUCCAGUUUGAAGAGCUGGAAUGUGCUGUCUCUCUGGAGGAAGACAACAGGCAGGAGUGGACGUUCACUUUGUAUGACUUUGACAACAAUGGCAAGGUCACCCGAGAGGACAUCACCAGCCUGCUGCACACAAUCUAUGAGGUGGUGGACGCAUCAGUAAACCACUCCCCCAGCACCAGCAAAACGCUGCGGGUCAAACUCUCUGUGUCGCCCGACUGCAGCCAGAAGUGGAGAAGCUCCCUCCAGAGUGCUGCAGAUACGCCCCACUCCAGACAAAAGGCAGACAAGUGUAUCGAUGACCCCAAGAGCUCUGACAAGAAGUCCCGGGCCCCUCUCAGGCGCCACCACAGUGACCAUCACACCCAGCAAGGCUGCCAGCGCCACUGCGUGGAUGAAAACCUGGAGCGCCGGAACCAUUACCUGGACCUGGCAGGCAUUGAGAACUAUACGUCUCGUUUUGGAUCAGGACCUAGCACAGAGCCAGUGAAAGCAGAGCAGCAAAUGCGGGCAGUGAAUCAGACCAGGUCCCGCUCCCACGAGCCAGAAAAUGGCCAUUCUCAUCCACACCACCGCCGCUCGCAAGCCAACGAAGGUUUGGUCCACUGCCCCCCAGCCCCAGAGGCCCUCUGCCCUCGGCCCCGGACGCAGGACUCUGGCAGGCACGCGCUGCGCUCUCCCAAAACCCAUAAUCGGACGGUCCCCCCGCAGACCACUGGGAAAACCGUCAAGAGUAGGGGAGUUCCUCCUCCUCCGGUGCUGCUCGGCCAGACGCCCCCUCACCAGUCCUCUGCACCCUAUAGACGCCACAAGCAGAGAGCUAAGGAGAGCCAGCAGGUAUACCGUGCACUCGGCUCCCUGGGGGCCCCGGGCCCCAUGCUGGAGAAGGAGCAGGUACGAGACUUACCCAGCGUGCUGCUGUACGAGGGAGGGCUGGGCCAGGUGGUCCAGAGGCACGAGCACCACCACCACCACGAGCACCACCACCACUACCACCACUUCUACCAGUCAUGAGCGCCACACGCAGGCCGUCAGCCCCCCGCCACCCACCGCACGCACAUCCUCAGAACUCUACGAAGGCAACUGUAGACGGGCAGAGAGAGAACCCUUCCUCUGUCCUCUCCUGGAGCUGAGCCAGAACAGGGGCGGGACCACAGCAGCAGGAGGAGCUGUCGAUGCAGGCCCUGCACAGACUAUAGCACCCUGAGACUCAUGUCACCAGGCUAGUGGGCAUCCUGCAGGGCAGCACUUUUAAAUUGUCAGUUCUGCUAGGUGUCUGGGUGCAAGCAUGUAGAAGGAGUAUGGGGAGAUGUUAGGGUUUUGGUGCUCUCUUUCCCGGGCCUUCAGACAUGCUGCAGGAGGGCCUCUCUUUCCCCAUUGCCGGUGAAGGUUUAAGGAGCUAGGAGAUGUUUGUGAAGGAAGGGGUAAUGUCCAUGGUAUACCUAAGAGGGGGGCGGGACUGUUGUGGACCCUGCAGGCCUGAGACUUGGUCUGUUCUGAGCCCGUUGCUGCCACUGAAGACCACUUGAAAAGCACUUCCUGGUGCAGUUGCUUUUGAAAUGACAUUGCUGUCAAAGGCUGGACAAUUGCUAUCAAAAUCAGAUCCAGGCUUUCAUAAGAAUAUUGGGACAUUCUUUUGAAGUAAUUAUGAGGAAAAUGGGGAAAAAAAAUUAUAACUGAGAAUGAAAUAUCCCAAACAGCUGCUACCUCUAGUGUUAUUAUGAUUAUUAUUAUAAUUAAGAUGUUAUUUUCAGUAAGAUUUUUAAUAUGCCACACAGGACUUUUUUCACACUGCAGUGAUGUAAGUUUUAGCACCACACAUUUUAUUUUAUGUGUACAUGUUAAAGUACUAGCUAUAUUUGUCAACAAUACAGGCUUUACUGAUGCUGUGAUAUAUAUUUUAUAUCAACAUUCUGAAAGGUGCAUUUUUUGUCUCAGUUUAUGUGCACUCCUUAAAUGUUGUUCUCCCAAUAAGCUGUUUUUAAAGGCCGCCUACUCUAACAUUUUGAGUAACUAAUGUAUAAUGGUCCCAAUGCUGCCUACUAGUGGAGACGAUACACAAUGGGGGGAAGUUACACAUGAAGCGACAGGUCAUAGGAAUAUUUUCAAACCAUAUACACUCAGGUGCAGUACAUAUCUUUUUUAAUGGUAAGGUAUGUGGGAGAGACUGGUCUUGUAGAAUUUAAGAAUCACUUAAGCUAACAAAAGGGUCAGCAGCUUUUUGAUAGUAGUUCUGUUUUAUUGCAAGUAACAUGCGUCACUGCUUAAAUUGAAUGGAGCUGAGGUUUCCAGCUGGCAGAUGGUCCAGAUAUUGUAGAUUCAUCUCCACAGAUGACCCCCCAGAGGGAAAUAGGGGAAUACUCGCUCUGCAUCUCCAAACCUCUGACAGACCUAACGCCAUUGCACGCUGGGAAUUUUGAGAGGGUGCACAUCACAGUUGGGUGACUAGGUACGCCUGAAGUCUAGAUGGUAAGGUGGGCAAACCUACUUGCACCUGGAGUCCCACUGGCAUCUCACUGUCCCCAGCUGUCAGCACUGUUGUCACCAAGCAGCCAUGUGUUGGGUGGAACCAGACCCUCUAAACAGCCAGCAGGAGGCUGUUUAUUACAUGGCAGGGUGGACAAACUCAGCUGUCUAAUUCCACUCGUGCUAAAUGAUACCCAGCCCGGCCUGCAGUCUCCUGACUGCUCAUAACUCAAUUCUGUAGGCGCCCUGUCAAGACUUUGGGUGGCUCACAAACAGGUCCUUCCUCUCACACCACUUUGGGCGCCACCAGAACUGGUCAUUGAAUUUAUAGGCUGUGGUUGCUUCCUGGCACUUUAAAACUGAGGAUAUAACCAGACUCAAUCUGAUCCUGUUCACAUAUGUGAUUACUGAGAGCCAGUAGGAGCUUUUCAACUGUCUGAACUAGAACCAGGAACUAAAACCAGUCAAUCGUGAUUCUGCCUGCUACCUGCUUUUCCUGCUACAUGCUUUUCCUUUGGAUGGAACUACAUCCACCUGUAGUUCCAAACCCUAUAACAGCCAAUAGCGAAGUUGGUAUUAGCGAACAGGAUCUGGGCAGUAUGGGUAUAGUUGUCUCGUUUUCUGCCUAGCACAGGCAAUCAGAUGACAGUGAGCAAAUUUCUUUCAAAAAAUCACAGACUGUGUGCUGUUAAGUCAGGAAAGCAAAUAGCUGUUUUUAGGUCUUAGCCUAGUCUAGGUCUUUGACUCAAAUGUAAAAAUAUUCCAAUAUUAUCUUAAAUUACCCAUUCAAUUGAAAGUUCAUCAAUAUUUUGGCUGCUUAGCUAGCAUUUACUUAAGCCACAAAGAGAGAGUGCUAAUGUUAAAUGUAUGUCAAUACUUGGUCAACUGCACAGUGCAGAUACUUGCAGUGGAAAUUGAAUGACUAUUCUAAUACAGUUCAAGCAAACUGCAGUAUGGGCACAUAUUUUUCCUGGAUAGUCUCAAAACUGAUUAAAGGUAAAUACUUUAGUGCCUACAAAUAAUACUAUAAGCAAACUAACAGCAGAUAUUUUCCCAAGAAUAGCUACCUGUUUUCUGUAAAAGUAUCUUGUUGUUUCUCAUUAAAGAAAUUUGAUAUCUUUCAGUCUCUGCAGGGCCAGGGGGUGGGCAGAACUAGCUGGGGGCAUGUUUGUGAAAGGAAACACAACAGAAAGAUCAGGAACCCUGCCAGCCUUUUGGUUCUAGUUCCUCCCAUCUUAGGUACUGAUCAUGGAAAAUCCCGGCUGUAGAACCGUAGCUGUUGUCCUCUAACUAUGUGCUGUGACCCAUGGUGAGUUCAGCACCAUUUGGCAACACUGCUGUUGGGAGGCGAAAUCCUUUGUCAGAGGUGUGGGGAAACUUUUACAUACAUCUCCUAUCUACACCUCUGUAAGAUUUGCAUAACGUACAUUCUAAAUUCAGAAUAGUUGUGUGGAACUCAAAGCCAGGUGUGUAUUCAGGUCUCGGCAGACCGGAACUGUGGAGAUCUGACCUGAGUGAUGUUCCAGGAGAAGGGUAGCUCCAGGCUGUGUUCUGCUGAGAUGGUAGGUGUUUGUUCAGCUUCUGAUGUUAAGUUUGAUUCGGGUUUAUAAUGAAAGUUCAGUUACUGAGUGUCACAGGUAUACUUCAGUUGCAGUUUAAAGGGGCCUCAGCCCUGCUGGACUAUAACUGACCAUCUCUGUUCGAAUUGACAGCUGAAGAGCAGGAAUAUGCUGAACGUCAUGCUACUGCUGAAAGACAGAGGCCACUCACACAGCUGCAGGCUGUCUGUUACCAGUGGUCCCACUCAGAUUAUACUCCCAGUCACCCCCUGCAGUGAUCCAUAGAGUAUCUUGUCACACAAACUAAUAACAUCUGCUGCUGGAAUUAUAUUGCAUUACAACGAACAAUGACAAUAAAACAAAUCCAUCAUAACUCAUAAUAAAAGUCAUUGUGGGUGUUCUCUGCCGUUGUGUAGAGAGGAGUUCAUUGUUACUCUAACCCAAGAUCUUCAGAACAACCCACUUCUGUAACUAACUUGCGGCCUAUGGAACAUCAGUAGAAACUGCAGCAAGUAGUACCUUUUAUAUGCCAGUAUCAGCACAGUCCUAUACAUCGAUACAUUUACCUAAUGAGGAAAAAAUAUCCUUAAUUCAAUGUGCAUUUUUUCAUCUUUGGAAAAAAGUGCUUUUCCCCCUGUUUGUGAAUCCAGCCAUCUCCCAUGUAGCUAAGUAGCAGGGCAAGCUACGUGUCAUUUUUAAACAAGGCUGUUAUGUGCAGCUCAACAACAUACAGCCACCUCUGUGACUGUACCUCUCAUCCUUAAAGGGACACUCUAGCAUCAGGAAAACACAGUGUAUUAUAAUGUUCUAAGAUACUGUACUGUACCUUACUACAGUUUCUAAGAUUUUCAGUAUUGAAAGUGAGAUUCCGCUCACUUGUGUAUGCCACCACUAAUUUAUCUUACGGAAAAGUUUAUUAAUCCUCAUGUUUUAAAAUAAUGUAAAUAUCUCAUGGACUACAGAAUGGUGAUGCAGGUAUUUUUUAGAAGGAAGCUUAUUUGUAUUAGUAAAGAGAUUAAUGUAUGUCUGCAAAUAACAUACUAUAUGUAUGUUAUUAAUGUAUGUCUGCAGAUAACAUACUGUAACAUACUGUAACAUCUCUAUGUCACCAUUCCCCCUGAAUGCAAUGUCAAUCAGUGCUGGCAGGAAGGAGCAGUCUUGUCAUUUCUGCAUUUUUCUUUCCUUUCUGUUGCAUAUUGUGAGUUAACAAUAUCCAGCAUUUAGUUGUUCAGCAUCAGAACUUCAAUGCAAUAUGUUUUUACUGGUGAUGGGAGAGUGAGGCUUCUUGAACCCUGUAAUAAGUGAAGCUACCAUGUGCUUUUAAUUGGACCUUCUUAAUCCAUUCAAGACUUUCCUCUUAUUAGAUUAAUGUUAUGAUUGGUUUAAAUAACUACACCCAUUUCUGGGUUCCUGAAGACUUGCUCUUCCAUCAUUGCCUGUGUUUUCUUCUCACCAUUUUGCAUAGUAUAAUGUAUAUUGACAGUUUUAAUUACAUGCUUUAUUUAUUUAAUAGAACUGUGCCAAGAGGAUCCCCCUUCAUUAAAGUUUUAACUAG